CUAAAGUCUCCAUCUCCAAACGGAUACUGCAAAUACGCAUCUUUCUAUACACUCAUCAAUAUCAUCAUCGUCUUGCCCUUCACACACUACCCUACGCCACAGCCACUCCUUAUUCUCUCUGCGUACUGAUUCUCGCGAGUUUACGCAUAUACUGAAUUAUAUGCAUAGAGUUGAAUUUGUAAUUAUUUAAGAUGGGAUUCAAAAAAGUAUAUAGCUCUUUGCAGGAGGUUUUCCCCGAGGUUGAUUCUCGGGUUCUAAGGGCUGUUGCUAUUGAACACUGUAAGGAUCCUGAUGCAGCUGUUGAGGUUGUUCUUACAGAAGUUAUCCCUUUUUUGACAGAGAGAUCCAAACCACUACCUGCUUCAUCCCCUAAGAAUGGGGCUUUAGCACAAUCAUCUUUUGCUGCUGUGGAUUUAAGUGAAACUUUCCCGAAAAAUGAUGUUUCACUAAAAAAUGCAUCAUCAACUGCAACAUCUUGUAAUGAAAAGCAAAAUGACUUGUCAUCCUAUGAUGCUAUAUGUGAGCAAGGCCAACCAGGUCAAUACCAUCAAGCUUCCAAUGCAAUUGAACAACAAGAUGUACUUGAAGGCAGUAUAAGUGGCAAUUUGAUCUCCUUUGAGACUCGUGAAAGUAGUGUCAGAGUUUGUCCUGGUUUAUCUUCUAAUAUCACAUCCUUUAAGUCAAAUCCUGAAGUUGCUGCUGAAAGUUCCAAUGCUGAUAAAUGUGAAUCUUCUGGAACUCAAGAACCUGCUUGUGAUGUACAUGAAAAAUGUGCUGGUAAAGAUGACUAUGGUGAUAAAUGUGAAUUCUCUGAAUCGCUAGAAACUUCUGCUUCUAAUCUUCCUGAAGAAAGUCCGGAAUAUUUGAAUGUGCCUGUUGAGAUCAAUGGCCUUGCAAUUCAUGGAGAUAGCAGCACCACACAUAAAGAUACAUGCAAUGAAAAAUCCUUGUAUAGUGAUUCUUUGGAUCAUGCUUCAUCAAACAUUCAAGCUCGUGAGAGCAAUGCAGGGCUGGUUGUUGAAGCAGGAAUGGAAAAUGUUCUUCCUGAAGCAACAGUACUAAAUGGUUUUAUUAAUGUUGUCUCUGAUACCAGCGAAUUGCUUAAUGCUGACAUGGAACCUAUCGCUAAUUCUAUAGUUACCCGUUCUGGUCAAAUUUGUAGAAUUGAUCUUCUUGAGGAUAUAAUUGCUGAAGCAAGAUCUAACAAGAAAACCAUGUUUGCUGCUAUGGAGUCCCUUAUCAGCUUAAUGAGGGAAGUUGAACUUCAAGAGAAAGCUGCAGAACAGGCAAAGGAGGAAGCUGCUAUUGGGGGACUGGAUAUACUUAAAAGAGUGGAGGACUUGAAAGAAAUGCUGAAACAUGCUAAGGAAGCAAAUGACAUGCAUGCUGGAGAAGUGUAUGGUGAGAAGGCUAUCCUGGCUACUGAAGUGAAAGAGCUCCAGUCUCGCCUUCUCAACUUGGCAGAUGAAAGGGAUAAAUCUCUUGCUAUUCUUGAUGAGAUGCGCCAAACUCUUGAAGUACGACUAGAUGCUGCCGAGAGAGAGAGGGAAGCUGCUGAACAAGAGAAGUUGCAAAAGGAAGAGCUUGCACGGAAAGCACUGGUUGAGCAAGAACUCAUUAUGGAGAAAGUUGUGCAAGAUUCAAACAUUUUGAAGCGAGAGGCAGAAGAAAAUGCCAAGUUACAGGAGUUUCUUGUUGAUCGUGGACGCAUUGUAGAUAUGUUGCAAGGAGAGAUAUCAGUUAUAUGUCAAGAUGUGAGGUUGCUAAAAGAGAAGUUUGAUGAUCGUGUUCCACUCAGCAAAUCGCUUUCUUCCAGUCAGACAAGCUGCAUUUUAGCAUCUUCAAGCUCAUCCUUGAAAAGUGUGGUACCUGAUUCAGACCAAGUAGCUGCUGACCAAACUAAUUUGUCAGGACGGCAGAAGAUGGACAGCACAUCUGCAGAGGAAACCCGAAAUAAUUGUAAAGCUCUUGUGGAGGAUGGAUGGGAAAUUUUCGACAACCGUGAGUUGUGCAUGUGAAGAAGGAAAUGGUGCGCUUAGAAUUGAGACAGCUCUGUCAAAUUAUAGCCUUUUUGCAUUUUAUCUUAAGUUCCCGCUCCUCCUCCCCCUUUCUGCUAAAUAGCAUUAUUUUGGUUACAUCUAUUCUUGGUCAGCUAAUGCCAUGGAGUUUUGAAGGUGUUAAUGAUAAAUAAAGUAGCAUUUGCGCCAAAAAGUCUGCUUCUACGCCAAAGAGGCAGCUGAGUGAAAUAGUACCGAGUAUUUAUACAGUGAAACUUGUGCAGGUUUCAUUAAUCAUUACUCUUCAUACAUGUAUAUGUCGUUUAUAAGAGCAUCCUUAACAGGUUUUUUCUUUUAA